CCGUGGUAAUGUCCUCCCGCUCUUCUCGCCCAUGAUGGCCGCCUAGGUAUAUCUAAGGGUCAGGAUGUCAAGCCUGCCCGCCACUUACUUAACUUCGACUUCUACUCGCAGCCUCUUCACCACCCGAAACACCGACAUCCAACAUCAAAACCAACCAUCCAUAAUGGCCAGUCCAAUGACAGAAUGCGGUAUCCAACGCCGCAAGCGCUCGCGAGGAUCAACACUGCAGCAACAACAACUCCUACGACCACUACUGCUGCCGCAACUCCAAAGCCAACGGCAGAGCCUACAACCCGUCUCGUCAAGUUUCUAGUUAUAUCCGACACACACGAUUUAGGCUUGACGGACGAUACAUCCUCCGCCUUUCGCCUCCCCACACCAAGCGCAGAUGUCAUCCUGCACUGCGGCGACCUAACCAACAACGGCACGCACGAGAGCCUUUCGAAGGUCCUCCGCAUGCUCGGCUCUAUGCCAGCAGAACUAAAGCUCGUAAUCGCCGGCAACCAUGAUAUCUCGUUGGACCCCGAGCUUUACGCGACACAAGGCGGGGAUGCAAAAGAUUCUGCAAAGGCUCUGGAGCUAAUGCGCGGUCCACUUGCACAAGAGUGCGGCGUCACUUACCUAGACGAAGGUACCCACACUUUCACCCUGCGCAGUGGAGCUUCUUUCAGCGUGUACGCCUCGCCUUAUACGCCCCAGUACGGAUCCUCGGCCUUCCAGUACCCAAGCGGCCAUGACCGGUUUAACGUACAUACUCCCGCGUGGGCAACCAACGUCGGAACCGCAGCAUCCAUCAUCCCGGACGGUAUCGACAUCGUCAUGACGCACGGCCCGCCACAAUACGUCCUUGACGACACGGAUGACGGUCGCAGUGCCGGCUGCGAGCAUCUGCGCCGCGCUGUGGCUCGCGCGAAGCCGAGACUGCACUGCUUCGGACAUGUGCAUCGCGGAUACGGUGCCGGGCGUAUACGCUUUGACGAGCGAGGGUCCGACGACGAAGAGUUGGGACCACUCCAAAAAGAAUGGGUUGGGGUGAACCAGUCGAGGAAGAAGGGAUUUGCUGCCUUGAGCCCGUCGAGCGCAGAGGCAUUCAGGGAAGACAAGUCGCAGGGGCUAAUGGUGAAUGCCGCAAUCAUGGCUGGGGAGGGGAAGCCCGUGAACGCUCCUUGGUUGGUGGAACUGGAGCUGGAGACGGCCGAAAGAGUGGGAGAGUGA